AUGGCAUUCCUGGGUAUCAAGAUCACGCUGGCCAUGGUGGUCCGGGCGUUCGACUUUGAAAGUCAGUAUGAGGCGUGGGAUCGCGAGAAUCCAGGGUCUGGGGCAGUGCGGACCAUGUUCGGAGAGAGGGCUUAUCUGGUGGCCAAAGGAGCGGCGCAUCCCGCCCAAGGCUACCCAUGUAAGGUUCGACUGGCGCACCCUUCCCAGGACAAGAACAAGAAGAGAAUCCCUUACUACCAGCCUUAG